ACCGAAAGCAGAAUUAAAUGUGAAGGGAACGCUGGAACCCAUGUCAAGAUCAAGGUGAUCGUCGCUUAGUAAGACACUAGGUGAUCAAGCUCCUGCGGAAUCAUGGUGUCGAGCUGAGACUUUUCGGCUUGUUUUGUGUGUGUUUUGAGUGUCACUUGAAAAGGAUGUCAUCGUUCCUCUGAACAAAAGCGCCAGCACCGAACCCCCGGGACCAUGAGCCGGUAUAAAAGGCGGACGGCUUUCUUGUUUUCCGUUCUGCUCACGGGAAAAAGAAGGUCGAAGAAAGAGGAAGAAGGCAAAAACCUGGGAUUGUUGCUCGUGCUUCCUUACUUCGCUUCCUGAAAAUUUCCUUCUUCGCAGAAGAGAGCUUCUGUGGAGAAACCGUCGCAUGUGUAUUGAGCUCGGGCUCCGAUAGGGAGCCAAAGCUCGGCUGUCUUCCUACAACGCGAUUCGUUGGAUCUCAAACGGCGGAAAACCGAGAACAGAAACCCUAACUCCUGCAUACCUCCGUAGCCGGUGCUGUUUUCGCCUGUCUCGGACGGCAUGUCGAAGGCAUGGGGCGGGAUCGGCGCGUGGGCCGCCGACGUCGAGCGCGAGGAGCGCGAGGAGCGCGAGAAUGAACUGGCCGCUAGCUCGCAGCUCGCGGCCGAGCAGCAGAGCUUCCCCAGCCUCAAGGAGGCUAACGAGAAGCCGAAGAAGAAGAAGAAGCAGGUCAUGACCCUCGGGGAAUUCCAUACCGGAGGCGUUUCUUCUGCCGGAGGCUUGCGGGAGACGGAGUCGAGAGGAUUGACGCCUGAGGAGAUGAUGCGUCUUCCCACUGGGCCGAAGGACAGAUCUGGGGAUGAGGAGUAUGGCCGCCUUGGUGGACUUGGGGGCGGAUUCCGGUCCUACGGUGGCGGGAGGAUGGGGGGAGGCGGUGGCGGCUGGCGCGAGAGGGGCGAUGAGACGGAGGGCUCGUGGGGCCCUGGUGGUGGCGGAGGUGGGGGUGGAGGGCGGUCUUAUGGGGGUUUCUCUGAGGAAAGGAGGGCCCCUCCUCCUAGAGCUUCUGAUUUUGAUCAACCUUCGCGCGCUGAUGAGGUCGACAAUUGGUCUGCAGUGAAAAAAACAAUGGGUCCCCCGCCGGAUUCCGGUCGUGGCUAUGAUCGGUAUGGCUCCCUUGGUACCGGGAGCAUUUCUAAGGCUGAUGAUGUCGACAACUGGAACGCGGGCAAGAAGGCUUUUCCGGUGAGAUCAGGGGGCUCAUUUGGGUCAGGUUUCAGGAAUGCGCCACCAGACACUGAGAGGCGGAGGAUUGUUUUGGAACCCCCUAGCGGAGAGUCUGUGGUGAUUGAGCCUGCAAGGUCUCGGCCAAACCCGUUUGCGUCCGCCCGGCCACGUGAGGAAGUCCUGGCAGAGAAGGGUCUGGAUUGGAGGAAGAUGGAUACGGAGAUUGAGAGCCGUAAGAGCAGCAGACCGACGAGCGAGCACUCCAGCCGGCCUUCCAGCGCUCACUCUAGCAGGCCAGAAAGCCCAGCAGCUCAGCCAGAGGUGGUGUCCAAAUCAAAACCGAAGAUCAACCCGUUUGGUGAUGCCAAACCGCGAGAAGUGCUGUUAGAAGAAAAGGGAAAGGAUUGGCGAAAGAUGGAUUUCGAACUAGAGCAUCGGGCUGUAGACAGACCAGAAACAAUUGAGGAAAAAUUAUUGAAGGGUGAGAUAAAUCAGCUGAAAGAAAAACUAUCAAAAGAGCCCGAAGUAAAGCUCAAUGGGGAAUCUGAUCAAGACUCCAGCGAACAACCAGUUCUCCAAGAUCUGGUCAAGAAGAAAGAAAAGGAGCUAGAGCUGUUGAUACAGGAGUUAGAUGAUAAGAUACGUUUUGGUCAGCGAGGUGGUGACAGGCCUGGUUCUGGGGCCAGUAGAACUAGUGUCGUGCACAUAGACAGACCACCUUCUCAGUCUGGUCUCUCAGAGGAUUCGAGAAGUGUGGAAUAUUCGGACAGGCCACGUUCUCGUGGAGGAGCACCAGAUGUGUGGAGUAAAGCUGAUGAUAGGAGAGGAUUCCUGGGUAGAGAACGGGGCUUCCUUGGCAGCAGGGAUGCAGACAGGUUCAGGUCGAAGGAAAGAUGGUGAUGCAGUACACGUGUGAACCCCUCUGUAGGCCUUCCUCUUUUGCAACAAGGCAUAAUAACCUGUUUUGAUUUUUGUUUUUGUUUUCUUUCUUUUUUGUGUUUUCAGUGAGAAGUGGCAAGAGAUCUUGGCCGCGGAUAGACAUACCCUCUUUUCAUAAUUUAUUUUUCUACCUUGAUGCUGGUGUAAAAUUACAUUUUUCCAUGUCAAGGCAAGGAACCAUGUGGGUUCUUGACUCUGAUUCUUCAUUUGUUCCUUUUUUGUUGUCUACUUCUGCGGAACUGCCAUGUACAAACAGUCUUUUUAGUGUUGUUGGUGCCUAUUGAAAACACACUUCUUUUUCA